AUGAUGCUUAAAGAAAAAGUAUAAAAGAAUUUAAGUCAGUUAAACGAAUUAUUUAGCGAGUUAAGUAAAAUAUCUUUAAAUAUGAAGACCUAUGUAGUUAUCCUUGAAGAUCUUUAUAACUUGCUAGAAGAAUCUACAUAUAAGGGGGAUCCAUAGGAUCUUGAAAGGCGAAAUGACUUUGAGGAAAUACAAGAUAACAAUAUUUAUGUGGAAGAUUAUUUAAGCUCUUCUCUAAAAUAUUAAAUCGAAAAGGAUAUAGACACAUGCUUCGCAGCUUGCGAGCAAAUAUAUAAAAAGUAAAAAUCAAGUCUUCUAAAGAAAACAUGGCAAUACUUAAAAAUAUUAAUAUUUGAUGAUCCUGAAGAAGUAUUACAAAAUGAGAAUUUCUCCCUUCUAUAAAAAGUACUUAGGGUAAGAUUAGAAUUAAAAGAAAAGAAUUUUGCUAUCUUGUACAAAGAGAUAACUGAAUUGAGAGCUAACUAAGAAUAUCAGUAUAAAUAUAAGCGCAUAUCUGAAGAAUAAACUGAGCAUAAGCAAUCAAAGCCUUAGUAAAAAAUGAAUACAGUUUAUAAUUUAAAAAACAAAAACAAUUUAAGUGGUGGUGAGAUUUUGGAUGAAAAAAGUAACGAUAAUUAAUUGUCUUUUGAAACUCCCCUACCUCCAGAUGCAAAUAACAAAUUUAAGAAUCUUGGUUAAUAUUUAAAACCAAAUAACUCCACUUCACAAAACUUCUUUGCCUAAUUAAAAAAAGAUGAUCAAAGUUCUAAUAGCAAAUCAAAACCAGAAAAGACAUAGAUAACAAGCAUCAAAUAUAAAUUAGAACCAUAAACACAUGAAUCAUUAUAUUGCUAAGAUAAUUUUUUAUAAGAAGUAUCUAUUUGCAAGAUUAUAAACUUGAGCGAAGACAUGGAUGUACAUGAAUAAUAUUCCUAUAAAGAUUUCUAUUAAUUUAAAAGAGCUUAGUAUAUUGAGUUAUUAAAAUCUAGACAAUAAGAUUUAGGAAGAAUUUCUAGAAAUCAUGCAAGCUUGAGAGUAAAGAUUAACAAUGACAAUAAUUAAGUUGGAUUUUACUUAGUUAAUCAUAGUCCAAAUGGCACCUACAUUUAAAAAUCUGGCACCACAGAAUGGAUUAAAUUGAAAGAGGUAGGUCAAGAAAGUUAAAUUUUUGAGGGUGAUCAAAUAGGACUUCUAUUUGACAGUCAAGAUCCAACAAUGUACCUAAUAGGCUACAAAUUCUAAUUAAUUGAAUGA